AUGUCCGGACCCUCGCAGUCAGCGCCUCAGGGCGGCGGCGAGCUUCACUCCUUGAAAUGGCUGCCACCCAAGGACGUCAAGCCCGCUCCACAAGUCAACGACUAUGCCCCAUCUUCAUCGAAACUCAGCUUCCCCACCGGGAAACUGACGAUUGUGGCCUUUCUCCGUCAUUGUGGCUGUCCUUUCGCCGAGAAGACGUUUAGAGCGCUGACGGCAGUCUCGGAUGCCCACAAAGACAUACAGUGCAUCGCCGUGUCCCACUCCUCGGAGGAGGCUACGGAGCGCUGGGUGCCCCAGGUAGGCGGCUCGUGGAAUGUAGAGGUGGUCGUGGAUGAGGACCGCGAUCUCUACGCCCAGUGGGGACUGGGACCGAGCAGUGCGUGGGCGACCAUGGGCCCCUCUGUGCUCUGGUCUGUGUACAAGCUCGGCACGGGUGAGGGGAUCUGGAACCGACCUACGCAGAGCGGCAGCCGCUGGCAAACGGGCGGUGCCUUUGCGGUCAACCGGUUUGGCAAAGUGGUAUACUCGCACGUCGACAAGUCGGCGGACGACAUGCCGAACUUCGACGAGGUGCUGGAAGCGUUGGCAAAGAACUAG